AUGGCUACUUCUUCCCCUCCCAUGACUGAAAAGAGGUGCGUGAGUUAUACUUUCUCCGAUAAUGAUGUCGUUUCCCUUGAAUCUUUGUUUUUGCUUGAGAGUCCCUCACAUCAUGAUUAUCGUGCUAUGAGUUCCAUUUUCCCUGACAGUUCUUCUUCGAUUUCGUGUAGGACUGAGAAAAGGGUUUUGAGAGAACUGACUGAUGAAGAGUUUGUCCAUCAACUGAAAAAAGAGUUCGGUUUCCAAAAUUAUGAAGUGACCCUUAUCUCGGGCAAAAUUGGUGUAUUGAAGAAGUCCGAUGCGGAUAGGUUUACGCAGUCGUCUGAGGCGAUGCUUGUCGCGGUGCCCCAGUAUGCCGACAUGUCUUGUACCUUUGACACUAUGGUCAUGAAUCGGGUCAAGCUGGAUGCCUCUCUCCGGCGAAGUCAGGUGAAGCAAUACGAGGCUAUGAGGCAGCAGCUGCAGCAGGAGAAGGAGAGGUCGUACGACUUGGAGCUCAAACUUAUUGCCGCUCAAGCUAAGGUAACCAGUAUAGAUCUAGAAGCUGCGUCGGAGUAUCGUCUUAUAAAGAAAAAAUGGGAUAUCGAGAAGGAUUACGUGAAAAAUCUAUUAAAACGAAUAUCUAAUAAGUAUGGUAAGAUAGAUCGUCAAGAGGACGAGAUUAGACAGCUUCGAGAAGAAUUGAAGCGAUAUCAGAGGUUCGAGUAUGUGCCCGAGGAGAUGGACAACCUCCGGGCUCGCUUGGGAGAAUUGCAAAGACUUGUCUCCGAUAAGACGUUGUUGGAUGAUAACUUAGAGAGUCAGUGCCAUUAUUUGAGGCUGCAGAAACGAGACUUGCAUGUAGAUCGGCAUCGUCUUUUAACGGAGAAAACGGUCGCCGAGAGACAGAGUCACGCGGCUAGUUUGAAGGUCAGGGACUUCGAGAAAUUAUCCCAAGAUUUAGAGUGGACUCAGGCUCAAUUGUCGGCUCUUCAAGCAGCUCAUAACCGUCAGAGGGCCGAGUGGAAUGACCAUAAGAAGUAUUUCCCCACCAAUGAGUUUAACGAGCAGGCCUAUAAUGAGAUGACUUCCCAAUUAUCGAAGGCCGAGGAUGAGUUAGCUAAGUCAAUAGAGUCGCUCAAGAUCGUGUUACCAACCCUUUCAGCCGAACAAGGUCGAGUUUGUGAGAUGAAGCAGAAGGUCAAUGCCCUUGGCAAGCAGGUCGACACGUUGCAGAAGAGUGAGGCCGAUAUGAAAGAGAAGGUCGUGAUCGCCGAGGCAGCCUCUCAACAGUUAAGCCAUCAGAUCGAGCAAGAGAGGAUCGCCCAUAAAACCGAGCUCGUCGAGAAGGUUACUGCCGGUGUCAACCAGUACAUUGAAAAGAAACGUCGCGAGGUUGCCUUAAAGAAGGGAGGAUCCAAAUAUGUCCCGUCCCAAGAAUGA